UGGAGCGUGUACCGAGCAAUAUACCGUCAGUUGGAGGACGAACGUUGAAGCUUCUUGUACACUGCACAACAGAGUGUGCACUUAACGAAAUAUAAUUCGACUCGUUUACAGGAAAAUUAAUUGAAAAUGAAUUCCGUGGAUGAGGAUCUAACACCUGAGCAAAUUGCGGUGCUGCAGAAAGCUUUUAAUAGCUUCGAUCACCAGAAAACCGGUAGCAUCCCUACGGAAAUGGUAGCGGAUAUUCUGCGGUUGAUGGGCCAACCCUUCGAUAAGAAAAUUUUAGAGGAACUCAUCGAAGAAGUGGAUGAAGAUAAAUCCGGUCGCCUGGAAUUCGAAGAAUUCGUACAAUUGGCUGCCAAAUUUAUCGUCGAGGAAGAUGCUGAAGCCAUGCAAAAGGAGUUGCGCGAAGCAUUCCGUUUGUAUGAUAAGCAAGGCAACGGUUUUAUUCCAACAACGUGUCUAAAAGAAAUCCUGAAAGAGUUAGACGAUCAAUUGACGGAAGCUGAGCUCGAUAUAAUGAUCGAGGAGAUCGAUUCGGAUGGAUCUGGCACGGUGGAUUUUGAUGAGUUCAUGGAAAUGAUGACAGGAGAGUAAAAGAAAUAUCCGAAAUCAUCUGAAAAGUCGCCGUCUCUUAGCUGAACGAUUGGUCUUUAGAGAACAAACUGAUGAUGCCGGCAGACAAUUUUGUAAUCUACUUACUCUGCAUGAGUAGGUGUCGUUCACUUACUCCCACGCUUUUACUCCUAACCGCGGUUUCUCACAGAAAAAUUAUUGCGCUUGCUCUCUGCUCCCCGACUAUUUCCUGAUACUUUGAGAUUACAAUUUCAUUAUUUGCCUAUUUUUGCAUUAACAUUCGGUAAUCAUACUUCAUAUGUUUAUAAAUAUUUAAUUUAUAAGGCUAAGUGACCAAACGUAUGUUUGUAUUUACACAGUCGUACUUUUAAAUAUGUGCGCUCUUUGAAACACUUUAAAUAAAAAUAAAAUAAGAGUUAACAUUAAAAA